UGCGCUGUGGGUUCCGCACGCACUCACUUGGGCAAGCGGUGCGUACGGCAGGCUCCCUGCGCUCCCGGAGCCCGGCUGCUCUACGCGCACCCCAGCAGUCUGUGUCUGCUCUUGCUCGGCUCGACGGCGACAUGGGUGUCCCCACGGUCCCAGAGGCCAGCGGCCCGCGCUGGGGGACCCUGCUCCUCGCUCUUUUCCUGACUGCAUCCAGAGGUUUGGUGGUAGCUUUCAAGGUUGCCACACCGUAUUCCAUGUACGUGUGUCCCGAAGGGCAGAACGUCACCCUGACCUGCAGGAUCCUGGGCCCUGUGUCAAAAGGGCACAACGUGACCUUCUACAAAACAUGGUACCUCAGCUCACGAGGUGAGGUUCAAGUGUGCAAAGAACAUCGGCCCAUCCGCAACUUCACAUUCCAGCACCUUCAUCCGCACCACGGAAGCCACCAGGACACCCAAACCAGCCACGACCAGGCCCAGGCACAUGGGCUGGAGUUAGCUUCUGACCAUCACGGUAACUUCUCGAUCACCAUGCGCAAGGUGACCCUGCAGGACAGCGGCCUCUACUGCUGUCAGGUGGUAGAGAUCAAGCACCACCACCCACAACAGUGGCUCUACGGGUACAUGGAGCUGCAGGUACAGACAGGCAAAGACUCACCAUCCACGUGCAUUGCAUACCCAUCUAACGAACAGGACAGUGACAGCAUCACGGCUGCUGCCCUGGCCACGGGCGCCUGCAUCGUGGGAAUCCUGUGCCUCCCACUUAUCCUGCUGCUGGUCUAUAAGCAGAGGCAGGUCGCCUCUCACCGCCGUGCCCAGGAAUUGGUGAGGAUGGACAGCAACACCCAAGGCAUCGAAAACCCAGGCUUUGAGACCACUCCACCCUUCCAGGGGAUGCCUGAGGCGAAGACCAGGCCCCCGCUGUCCUAUGUGGCCCAGCGGCAACCUUCGGAGUCGGGGCAUCAUCUGCUCUCUGAUCCCAGCACACCUCUAUCUCCUCCAGGCCCUGGGGAUGUCUUCUUCCCAUCCCUAGAUCCAGUCCCUGACUCCCCCAACUCUGAAGUCAUCUAACCCAGCUGGGGGACCAUGGACAAUGGUACCUGGAUUAGGGGCAGGUGCAUUUGAUCUCUGGCUGGCCCUUUAAACAGACCUUUAGGCAUUGACCCCAGCCUCCUCUUUCCUGCUCUGAGCCUGGACUCUGCUUUACAAGACGCGUGGACCUUCCCCCUACCAUUUCUGGAUGCUACAUGGGGUGGGGUGGGGCAGGGAGAAGAUGCUGGAUUGCUCCUUGCUGUUCUCAAGAUCUCGGGAUGCCGAGUUCUCCUUAGAGACUUGACUUCACGCCAUCAGUCACAGAUGCCAAAUGACCUAAGAAAUUCCCGAAUGUCCAGCUUGGCAGCAGCCUUUCUCCACGGGAAAAAGCAGCCCAGAGGGGAUGAGGUAACCACCUUGCCACCCUCCCAAGCAAGAGGCUCAAGAUAUGAGAGACUCCUGCUCACUGUGAGUGCGGGGCUGGCCUGCUGUUUUGUCUGAGGAUGCGCUGUUGGCCUGACUGUAUCCCUUGAACUCUGAGGCUUGGCCUGCCCGUGCCCCACAAUGGGGGCUUUGUCAAUGGCCUUCCACCAGGAAUCUGAGGGUCUGUCAACAGUUUAAGUGACUGGGAGUUCAGUGGCCAGAGCUCUGUAACAGGAAGUACCUGUUAUGUCCAGGAGCCACUGUGAGCUCAUUAGUAUCUUGAACAAUGUGAGGCCUGACUGUCGUCGUACAUGGAGGGUGGUAAGGGCAUGACGGGAAAGGCGAGUGGAGACUGCACUCCUUCCUGUCCUCCUCAUCCACCACUCCCACUGGUCAGUGUGGGGCAAUGAUAAAGGUGACCUCCAUGUCCUAUCUAUCCUGGGCCACUUCUAAGGGAUGCUAUUAAAACCAGCAUGUGGCAGCA